CUCACAGACGUGUGUGGAGUUGAGCUGCCUGUUGCAUACCAUGACUUCUUUUUACUGGAUACCUCUCCUGUUAUCAGUGGCCAUGGCAUCUACGGGAACACGCAGGUCCCAGCGGACAAAAAGAGGGUUACUGGAGUUGGCAGGAGCCAUCAAGUGUAGCACAGGGAGAUCUGCCUUGGCAUACAUGAUGUAUGGAUGCUACUGUGGGCUGGGUGGUCAAGGCUGGCCCAGGGACAAGGCAGACUGGUGUUGCCACAGACAUGAUUGCUGUUAUGGAGUUGCAGAACAUCAUGGCUGCCAAACUAAAACAGACCAGUAUCAGUGGACGUGUGAGGACAAGACAGCUGAGUGUGAUGAUUUGGAGGACAAAUGUGAAAAGCUGCUGUGCAAGUGCGACAGAGACGCUGCCAAAUGUUUGAGAAAAGCACCUUUCAUCCGGAAAUACGCCCUAUGGCCAGAUUUUCUCUGUGGUUACGAACAUCCAAUGUGUAGUAUUUACUGACAUAAUAAAUGCAUCUGCA